CGCAGAUAUUGAUGGCAUGUGUUUCUCACUGUUGAUGCCAUCAUAUGAAGUCGAGAGCACUUGCCAAGCGCUCGAGUGUCUGGUUCGUGCAGAUGCAAAAACCAAGAGACUGCUCAUAGAAAUUUAUUGCGAUCUCAGGAAGGCUCUACCAUGUGUUGACCCUGCAUAUUCAGGGAUGGCAGUCCACUACGGAUCCUCAAUGGGCGCCUCGGACUCGCCAACCAGUUCCCUAGAUCUGCUCUCUCCACACGUAAUUCCUUUACCACCAGUGCUUUCGAGCCAAGCUAGAUCCGUGCAUUCAAGACUUCAUCAAGAUCACGUGGACCAAUCAGUAUGAGAUUACUCCAUAUGGUAAGUCCCGACAAGCGUCGCGCAUCUUCGUCUCGUCAUCUGUACAUUGACUGUGUGCUAUCGUCAUUCUCUUAGAUGGCACCUCUACGAGUUCGACAUCCCAAGGGAGUAUCUACCAUCCAGGUUCCUCUCGAUCGAGAUGAUUUCACGGUUCAAGGCAGGUCUCAAGUCUCCGAUCCAAAUCCCUGCAGUCCCCCUAACACCCGCGCUCUGGCCCGAUCUACAGAUCUGCAACAAGAAAUAUUGAAAGUGUCCGACAUUCUCCCCAGCAGGCAACUAGGUACACUUGUUCCUGCUUGAUCUCGGCGCCCCCUCACGCCCUCGUCUCAGUCAAGGGCGGGUAUCCUCCGAGAACAUUGACACUCAUACCCGAGCUUCCUGUGACCAGUCUGGGUCUCGCCUCUGGCGAGCAACUCAUUGUCAGCGAAGAUGCUGGUUCUGGCCCGGCUUCUGUGCCUUCCCGUCCUACAACUUCUCCGUUCUUGAACCCGACCACUACGAACCCAUCUUCGGCUGUCCCUCCACCACCUGCUGUGCGCCGACCAUCGGCACCCAAGGCAGCCGCAUCCGACGCUCCUGAUGCUGUCGAGACCGACGGGUCGUACCUGGUGCAUCGGGUGGUCCCCGACGACAACUCGUGUCUCUUCUCUUCCGUCGCGCUCGUCUUCGAGCAGGACAUCAAGAAGGCGCCCAAGCUGCGCGAGGGUGCGCUCAACCGCCGCCGCCAUGCGUCCACGCAUCCCUGACACACAGCCCAGUGGUCGCCAACGGCAUCCGGAACGACCCCAUGACCUACAGCGAGGCUAUUCUUGGGUGCGCCAGGUUCCCGCAAUGUCUCUCAUCGCUGAGACACAUGGCCCAGAAUGCCGCCCGACCGGUACAUCGCCAAGAUCCUGCAGCCCAACACGUGGGGCGGCGCCAUCGAACUGGCCAUCCUGGCGUCGCAUUACGGAACUGAGAUCGCGAGCAUCGACGUCGAGACGGGUCGGAUCGACCACUUUACACCCAGCGGGAACGAGCAUCCCGAGAACCGGUGUCUGGUGAUCUACUCCGGAAUCCAUUACGACGCCGCAAGUCUGGCGCCGAUGGUCGAUGCGCCGAGCGACUGGCACCAGACAGUGUUCCCAGCACGAAAUGCGGACAUCAUGGAUGCAGCCAAAAAGCUCGCCAAGAUUCUGAAAGACAAACACAAGUACACGAACACAGCAACGUUUGAUCUCAAGUGUCUGAUCUGUGACAAAGGCCUCAAAGGCGAGAAAGGCGCUCAAGCCCAUGCAUCGGAAACAGGUCACACUCGUUUCGGUGAAUACCAAGCCUGAGUUGUCCGCAUAAGCUCUUCACAGCGCGCCUUCGAUCUCCAUGACGAGCGGACAGUGGUCGGAAGCCCCGUAGAUUUCGCCUCGGAUUUCACACUGCCAGUAGACAUCAGGCCAUGGCUCGUUAAGGAUAAAUGCGAUACCAUACCAUCUUGACCUUACUUGCGAUGCGCUCGCUCAAGACAACUGGGGGAAGACCAUGCAUGGGCUCGGUGCCGAAACUUGGGUGGAACCCACUCACACAUGUCCAGCCUCCAUCCGAUCCCUUUGAGUCGGCAGUUGAACCGAUACGAGAAGUAUGUGUACUGUCUUUCCGUGGGGUGCAACUGCCUCCACACAUCGACGAACGUGGCAGCAUCUGCGACGUCUUCGGGCGGUUCAAUGAAUCGUUUGAACGCAGUCGUCUCCGCUUCCGUAUACCCAGCUGUCUUGUUCCAGUUGGAUUUAGCAUUCGUGAGAUCUGCUUCUGUCGGAGCAACGUUCAGGUCUCCCGUCCAGAUGACAGGCUUCCGCUUGUCGAGAUCCCGCACGUAGGUCUCAAAAUGAGUAUUCCACUCUUUCUUCUGGUCCAAGGUCUGGGGUUUCCAUCGUAAGCUUGGAGAGAACCGACCAAUCCUUAGCGGGACACACGCGCCUUCAAAUCAGAACCUGCGUUCACCGUAUACGUGCCGACCACGAAACAGUUCUCAAACUCCAUCGUCACGAUCCUUCCCUUGACAAGGGUGGGGUCGGGGUGCCCCGGCAGCGUGGAAGUCACGCUCAGAGGCUUGUGCUUGGACAAAAUCGCGGUCCCAGCUAUGUAGCAUGAAGGGGAUUAAAACGCGUCGCACGCGUCUGCAAUGGCUCACAGUAGGUUUUCUUGGCAGAGAUAGACCAAUGCCAAUAAGGGAAACGCGCUUUGAGCGCUAGAUCCAUGCUCGGUUCGUCAUUGACCUGUCGGAUGUCACACAAUGCCCAGCGCGCGCUGCGAGCAGGGGCCGCCGCACCUUCGUCUCCGUGAGCACCAAGACAUCCGGGUCCUCCGCGUCGAUGUAUCUCUGGAACCCCUUCUUCCGACUCGCUGCCAGUCCACAUACGUUCCAUGUCGCCAGUCUAAGAGUGCCCGGGAUGCGUUCUGCCAUCACCGUACGCGUGGUUCAUGAGAUGUCCCACCCUGCCACGCUCACAUACCUGGGAAGACGAUGGUGUCAGGCACUACUUUGUUCGUCGGCUGAGAGCUUCCGGCCGAGGCAGACGGAACGGCUUCGGCUACCCUUGCUUUCUUCGACGUUUUGAGCGAUUCGUCAGCCGAGUCAGCCGAUUCUUCCGCCUUCCUUUUGCUUCUGCUACUGCUGCUGGUCGCUGCGCGUCUUGGUGGCAUCGUCCCUCUGGGCCAGUGCACGGUGCGUGCGAGUUGGCGGAGGCCAAAGAUUAGAGGCGACAUCACGCGCAAGUCACGUGCCUUGAACAUUGUUGUAACAAGGACCUACAGAAUUUACCCUUGAGCCUCGUGUUAACCUUUCACUUCUUCCGCCCCUGGACCGUUCCUUGGCUUCUUAUCUCAUAUUUCGUCCAGGCCAUCCAUCGAACUCAUUUAUUACUGAGAAUGCCCCUCACGCUGCGUGGGUUUUCUGCCUGGAUCGAGGUGGACGGAGAGCCGGCACACCAGUUCCUGGAAGCCACGGAUAUAGUCAACUCAAAAGUGUCGUGCUGGAUUGCGGGGGAUUCUGGACAGAAGUUCACGGUGCAUUGGAAGGACCAUGGUGGGAAGGUGGACAGCUGCGCCUUCAUCACCCUCGACGGAUUGGUUGUCCCCGGACGGUUCCUGUUUGGACAAGGCGAGGCCUCGAGAGGCGGAGUGCGGUCUGGACCGGCGUCGGAAAGGCCUUUCACUUUCAGCACAAUCGCACAAGACACUGGUGCCGACCAACCAAACAACAAAGAUGCCGGGAUGAUCGUCGUGCGCAUCAAGCGGGUCGACCGGGUGUUCGCCCAGCAGCCUGCUAACCCGAUUCAAUCGCUGCCGCCGACUGUGCUGGGUAAAAGAAAGGCGGGAGAACUGUGCGUUGGAUUCGGAGACGAGCAAGAAACAUUCCAACAGUACGGGACGACAUGGGUCACCAAGCCUCACGCAGCGGAUGCACACAACGGCUCCAACAAAUAUCCCACCUACGUCUCGUUCGUGUUCCGCUAUCGCACUGCCGACUGGUUGGAGGCGCAGGGCAUCAUGACAGAAGCACCGGAGGCGACGCCGGCAAUUACACCCGCCGUGUCACCGGCACGAGCAGCAAAGGCGCGCGGGCCCAUGCGACGAGUCUCGAGCGCUCCGUCUGCAGCGACAUUGAAACCGGGGGAAUCGCAGAGGCGUCCCUCGCUCAUAACACCUGCGCCGAGUCUUAGUCCACCCGAUCCACCGAAGAAAAAGCUGAAGCCAACGUUGUCUGCGACUCGCCGACCUGGGCAACCGCAAGCACGAAGAACAGCGAGUCACGGAGCUACGGUCCCCACUGGCUCGUCGCUAUCCGGAUUCGAACGCGUCGAGGAAGAGGAAUGAACUUGAAGGAGAUCUGCGGCGUAAACUUUAUUACUUACCUCCUAUCUGUACCAUCAGCUGUUUUCCCAGGGCGUUUUCCA